ACUUGUCGCUGCUUAAUGACGUAAGGAGGCUCAGUGACCGUGAGCUGUUUGACAUGUUGAGGGAAGCGUGUUGCUGGUGACAAAAAUGAUGAAUUUAGCCCCGUUAAUACAGAGCCUCAGGUGCUCUUUGUUACAUAUUGAAAGCAGACUCCUGCAGGCGGCCGGACUAGACAGACACCUGGCUCCAGCGCUGGCAGUGACUGGCCCCAGCCUCAUGCCUCAGCUUGACCAGGAGAAUCAGCAGAAGGAGGAUGAGGAGAGUCCAGAACAGGCCCCUGGCCUUCUAGACAGCAUCAUGUGGAUGGCUGCACCCAAGAAGAGACGCACAAUAGAGAUCAACCGCACCAGAAGGAGAUCCGACAGCAAGCUAAUUAAAGUCAAGACCAACAUUGAGCCCUGUCUGGAGUGUGGCCACUUGAAGCAGAAACACAUCAUGUGUGGCUACUGUUACGCGAAGGUGCGCAGGGAGACGGCUCUGAUUCGUCACCAGAUCCAAGUGAUGGAAGGUGGACCGCUGAGGGCGCCAUCUGUGGAGACUGCCGUCCUGUAUGAGGGCGAAACACCCAGUCAGCAAGACAAAGACAAGAGGAUAGUGGAGAGGCCAAGGAAGAGGCCUGCCUGGUUCAGCUAUUAACAUUGAGUUAUUAAUAAAUACUGUAGGCUUAGCCUGUCAUGCGAUAAAUGUAUCAGUUUUGUUUCUAAAGUGUGACAUAACUGCUACCAUUAAGCUUGAUAAAUGAUUAAACAUUCAGAAUACGUUUCUCUUUUCUCUGUAAACAUAGUGUCUUUGGUGUUGACGAAAUCAUGGUUUAUUUUUUGUAAGUGUUUCAAAUGAUUGGCAUCCGUAAAGCCAAGUCUGUCAGAUUUCAUAUGAGGAGAAUAAAAACUGUAAACUUUCAA